ACAGACAUGGCACUUCUGCUGUCUUCUGAAUAAUGUCAUCCAGGCCCCUUUCCUGUUUUCUGCACUCCUGAAAGAUCUAGGCCCUAAUGUAAGCUCCGACUUUUCCUCAGCCUUGAAGAAAGAAGAGAAGGUCUAUCUGGGGACUGUCUGCGGUGACCAUACAACCCUGAACAUCUGCCUUAACAUGAGCACUCAAAGAGAACAUGAAUCACAGGAUCGGUCCAUCGUCAAAAUAGCAGCUCAUUUACCGGACCUCAUUGUCUAUGGAGAUUUUUCUCCAGAGCGACCUUCUGUGGAUUAUUUUGACGGAGUCUUGAUGUUUGUUGAUAUUUCAGGUUUUACUGCAAUGACUGAGAAGUUCAGCACAGCCAUGUACAUGGACAGAGGGGCUGAGCAGUUGGUGGAGAUCCUCAACCACUAUAUAAGUGCAAUAGUGGAGAAAGUGUUGAUUUUUGGAGGAGACAUCUUAAAAUUUGCAGGUGAUGCUCUGCUAGCCCUGUGGAAGGUGGAGCGGAGGCAACUGAAAAACAUCAUCACGGUGGUAAUUAAAUGUAGCCUGGAGAUCCAUGGAUUGUUUGAGACCCAGAAGUCUGAAGAAGGCCUGGAUGUCCGAGUCAAGAUAGGCCUGGCUGCCGGCCACAUCACCAUGUUGGUCUUUGGAGAUGAAACUCGAAACUACUUCCUAGUGAUUGGUCAGGCGGUGGAUGACGUACGCCUGGCGCAGAACAUGGCGCAGAUGAAUGAUGUCAUUCUAUCACCAAACUGCUGGCAGCUCUGUGACCGGAGCAUGAUUGAAAUUGAGAGGAUUCCAGAUCAGAGAGCAGUAAAGGUUAAUUUCUUAAAACCACCCCCUUCUUUUAACUUUGACGAAUUUUUCACAAGGUGUAUGGCUUUCAUGGAUUAUUACCCUUCUAGUGACCACAAAGACCUCCUGAGGCUUGCUUGCAUGCUGGAGUCCGAUCCUGAACUGGAGUUGUCCCUACAAAAGUAUGUGAUGGAAAGCAUAUCGAAACAGAUUGAUGACAAACAGCUUCGGGGUUAUCUGUCUGAGCUUCGCCCAGUGACGAUCGUGUUUGUGAACCUGCUGUUUAAGGACCAAGACAAAGCAGAAGUCAUAGGCUCGGCCAUCCAGGAUGCCUGUGUGCACAUUAAUUCUGUCCUGAGGGUCUUCCGAGGCCAAAUCAACAAAGUCUUCAUGUUUGACAAGGGCUGCUCCUUUCUCUGUGUCUUUGGUUUUCCCGGGGAAAAGGCACGUGAUGAGGUCACUCAUGCCUUGGAAAGUGCUGUGGAUAUAUUUGACUUCUGCUCUCAUGUCCACAAGAUCCACACUGUUUCCAUCGGCGUGGCCAGCGGGAUUGUCUUCUGCGGAAUCGUUGGACACUCUGUGAGGCACGAGUACACAGUCAUUGGUCAAAAAGUCAACAUAGCUGCCAGGAUGAUGAUGUACUACCCAGGAAUCGUGACCUGUGACUCCGUCACCUACAAUGGCAGCAACCUACCAGCCUACUUUUUUAAAGAGCUUCCAAAGAAAGUCAUGAAAGGUGUUGCAGAUUCUGGACCAGUGUAUCAGUGUUUGGGCCUUAAUGAGAAAGUCAUGUUUGGGAUGGCAUACCUCAUCUGCAACAGAAAUGAGGGUUACCCUUUGCUAGGACGCGAUAAGGAGAUCAAAUACUUCAUGUGUACUAUGAAGGAAUUUUUGAUAUCUAACUGCAGCCGAGUCCUGAUGUACGAAGGAUUAUCAGGAUAUGGAAAAAGCGAGCUACUAGUGGAAAUUGAGUACCUGGCCCAAGGUGAGAACCACAGGACUAUUGCUAUUGCGUUGACUAAGAUCAGCUUCCAUCAGAAUUUUUAUACCAUCCAGAUACUCAUGGCCAAUGUACUAGGUCUGGAUACUUGCAAACAUUAUAAAGAACGACAGACCAACCUUCAAAAUAAAGUCAAGUUACUGCUGGAUGAAAAGUUCCAUUGUCUUCUUAAUGACAUUUUCCAUGUGCAGUUCCCUAUUUCACGAGAGGUUUCCAGGAUGAGCACCACGAGAAAGCAGAAGCAGUUGGAAGCGUUGUUUAUGAAGAUCUUGGAGCAAACAGUGAAAGAGGAAAGGAUUAUUUUCAUCAUCGAUGAAGGCCAGUUUAUUGAUUCAGCCUCCUGGACGUUUAUGGAGAAGCUUAUCCGGUCUGUUCCCAUCUUCAUCAUCAUGUCCCUGUCUCCCUUCAUUGACAUGCCCUGUGCAGCUGCCCGUGCCAUAAUGAAGAACAGGAACACCACCUAUGUCAUCCUUGGAGCCGUGCAGCCUAAGGACAUCCUCAACAAGGUCUGCCUAGACCUCAACGUCAGGGGCAUCCCCAAAGAACUAGACACGUACCUGGCCGAGGGAAGCUGUGGGAUUCCAAUUUACUGUGAAGAAUUGCUUAAAAACCUGGACCAUCACAGGGUACUCGUUUUCCAAACAAUAGAGUCUGAGGAGAAGACAAGUGUGACCUGGAAUAACCUGUUCAAGAAUUUUGCUAAGCCAACAGAGGACUUAAAAAAAUUUACUUUUGGUCUUGAGGAGGGAAAUGAAGAAGUCUGUAACCUCGCUAGUGGUGUCAGAUUGAAAAACUUGUCACUGCCAGCAUCAUUAAAAGAAAUCUCUCUGGUCCAGCUGGAUAGCAUGAGCCUGUCCCGCCAGAUGUUGGUGAGAUGUGCAGCCAUCAUUGGCCUGACCUUCACUACAGAACUGUUGUAUGAGAUUCUCCCUUGUUGGAACAUGAAGAUGAUGAUCACUGCCCUGGCAACCCUCGUGAAAUCCAAUGUCUUUGACUGUUUCCGGAAUGGCAAGGAGCUACGAAUAGCCCUAAAACAGAACGCGGCCUCGUUUGAGGUGAAUUAUCGUUCCCUCUCUCUGCAGCCACCCUCUGAAGGAAUGGCCCAUGGUGAAGAGGAAGAGCUCUGUGAGCUGGAAAGUGAGGUGAUUGAGUGCCACAUCAUUCGCUUCUGCAGCCCGAUGAUGCAGAAAACAGCCUAUGAGCUGUGGCUGAAAGACCAGAAGAAAGCCAUGCACUUGAAAUGUGCCCGCUUUCUGGAAGAAAACGCCCACAGGUGUGACCACUGCCGAAGUGGAGACUUCGUCCCCUUUCACCACUUUGCAGUGGACAUCCGGCUCAACACUUUGGACUUGGAUACCAUUAGGAAGAUGGCUAAGUCCCAUGGAUUUCAAACUGAAGAAGAGAUCACCUUUUCCAGAAUAGAGACUUCUAAGAGAUCUGCAAUAUUUUCUGAAAAUCUCAGUUCUGAAGAAAUAAGAGAAAAGAUCUUGAGUUUCUUUGACAUCAUUAUAUCAAAAAUGAGGACAUCUGAGAAUGACAUCAUCCCUCUGGAAUCUUGCCAGUGUGAGGAAAUCUUAGAGAUUGUCAUCAUGCCUCUGGCUCACCAUUUUCUGGCUUUGGGAGAAAACAACAAAGCCUUAUAUUACUUCCUAGAACUUGCGUCUGCUUAUCUCAUCUUGGGUGAUAAUUAUAUGGCUUACAUAUAUUUGAAUGAGGGAGAGAGGUUGCUGAAAAUUCUCAAGAAGGAAAAAUCUUGGAGUAAGACUUUUGAGUGGACUACCUUUUUUACCCUCAAAGGUCAGGUCUGUUUCAACAUGGGCCAGAUGGUGCUUGCCAAGAAAAUGCUGAGGAAGGCCUUGAAGCUCCUCAAUCGAAUCUUUCCUUACAACUUAAUCUCCUUGUUUCUCCAGAUUCAUGUUGAAAAAAACAGACACUUUCAUUAUGUGAAUCAGAAUCAGCAGGCCCAAGAGAGCUCACCUCCAGGGAAGAAGAGGCUGGCGCAACUUUACCAGCAAACCACUUGCUUCUCCUUACUGUGGCAGAUCUAUAGCUUAAAUUAUUUUUUUCACUACAAGUAUUAUUGCCACCUGGCAGCUCUGAUGCAAGUGAAUACUGCCCUGGAAACUCAAGAUGAUUUCCAGAUCAUUAAGGCCUACCUGGACUAUUCACUGUACCACCAUCUAGCCGGCUACCAGGGCGUGUGGUUCAAAUAUGAGGUCAUGACCAUGGAGCACAUCUUCAACCUCCCCCUGAAACGCGAGGGCGUUGAAAUCAUGACCUACGUGGCCGAUACACUUGGCUAUAUCAAGCUCCUAAUGGGUCACUUGGACUUGGCCAUUGACUUAGGUAAGCCCUGGUUGGUCAAGAAAGAACUUGCAGAUACAGGUAAUGCCCAGAAAUAUACUGGAAUUGUUUUCUUCCCAGGCUCUCGAGCCCACAAGAUGUGGUCAUUGCUUCAUAAUCCCAACAAACACUAUCUGGUCCUCUGCUGGCUUUGUAAAUCCCUCUUCUUGAAAAACAGAUACAAGCAACUGAUCCAGGUGCUGGGGUGGCUGUGGGAUCUUUCUGUAGCAGAAGAGCAUAUCUUCAGCAAGGCAUUUUUCUACUUUGUCUGCCUGGACAUCAUGCUUUAUUCUGGCUUUGUUUAUAGGUCAUUUGAAGAAUGUUUGGAAUUCAUACACCAAAACGAAGACAACAGAAUACUGAAGUUCCAAAAUGGAAUCCUCCUGGGACUUUACUCCUCUAUCGCUAUCUGGUAUGCCAGACUUCAGGAGUGGGACAACUUUCACAUAUUUUCCAACAGAGCCAAAAGUCUAGUGUCAAGAAGAACCCCAGCAGCUCUUUACUACAUAGGCCUCAGUAGGUACAUGGAAGGGCAAGUUCUCUACCUUCAAAAGCAAAUUGAAGAACAAUCAGAGAAUGCUCAGGACAGUGGAGUUGACCUACUCAAGAACUUGGAGAAUCUGGUGGCUCAAAAUACCACUGGGCCUGUCUUCUACCCGAGGCUUUACCACCUGAUGGCCUAUGUCUGUAUACUAAUGGGAGAUGGCCAGAACUGCAACCUCUUCCUGAACACAGCCUUACAGCUCUGUGAAACACAAGGGAAUGUGCUGGAGAAAUGCUGGCUGAACAUGAGCAAAGAACGGUGGUACUCAAGCUCUGAGUUAACAGAAGACCAGUGGCUUCAGACACUCUUGAGUCUCCCACCAUGGGAAAAAGUUGUAUCAGGCAAGGUAAACAUGCAGGAUAUUCAAAAAAACAAAUUCCUGAUGAGAGUUAAUAUCCUGGACAAUCCUUUCUAACAUUUCAUGAAGAGAGCCAAGAUUUUAGUAAGACUCAUUCUCUUGUGAUUAUCCAUUAUUAACCUUUCUUUAUAGGCAGCACCAUCCAGGUUCCUGCAUAUUCCCUUCUGUUCCAGACACAGAACCAGACCUGUGGGUUUCUCCUCUGUCUGGAGGGUUAGAAAGGGUCGGUAGUGUCAUGCUUUCCUCUCUCCCAGCUUUAACCAAAUUCCCUUUGCCUUUCAUGUUGUUUUAGCUUGAUCUGUUUAUUUUCAGCCCAUGCAAAAUUGUAUCAGAUCAAAAAAUUUUAAUAUCAAAAUGGUACAUGUUGCAACAGAUACACUUCUAGUUAAUCUAUUAAACUGAAAAUGGUUAUUUUUAAAUGUCCAGUUGUUUAAUCUUUUGUAUAUA